AUGUAUAGCGAGCUGGUUAGAAUGGUUCCCUAUGCUGAAGUCUGCCAUCAGUCCCGGUACGGAGUACUUUGGUUGGGUCAAUGGAGUAUCAUGAAUAUUAUACAAGGGGAACAGAACCAGAUCCAUUUCUCAUCAAAGAGCAAAGCCACCGCCACAAAUAGCUCCUCGUAUGUCUUAGCCACCAACGCCAACAGCGGAGUAGGUUAUGCUACGUCCCAGGUCCUCGCAACCACACCUGACUACGACUUUCAUGUCAUCACGUCCGACCGCUCUCUGGACAAAGUUGAAGCCUCCAGAACUGAACUCGUCACAUCAUGCUCGGUCACUGUUUCAGAUAUAUCAUCCCGCCUCUCGACACUGAAGCUCGAUGUCACCGACCCAUCAUCAAUCCGCGCCGCCAAUGCCGUCUUCAGAAGAUGA